UUGCAGCUGGGCUACAUAGACAUCCCACCGCCGAGACUGGGUGAAAACGGUGUCCCUGGUCAGGAUGACCCCGAUGCGCCCCGAAAAAGAAGCAGGACGAGGAAACAGGUGGCCUGUGAGAUCUGUGGCAAGAUUUUUCGGGACGUGUACCACCUGAAUCGGCACAAGCUGUCACACUCUGGCGAGAAGCCUUACUCUUGUCCGGUGUGUGGCUUACGGUUCAAGCGGAAAGACAGGAUGUCCUAUCAUGUUCGAUCCCACGAUGGCUCUGUGGGAAAGCCCUACAUCUGCCAGAGCUGUGGAAAAGGCUUUUCCAGGCCAGACCACUUGAAUGGACACAUCAAACAGGUGCAUACCUCAGAGAGACCUCACAAGUGUCAGGAAAAUGGCAGCCACCAUGGAAUAAGCUCAGAGACAUCCACAUCCAUAGAAAAGUUGAAACUUCAAGAGACUUGUAACGCUUCCUUUGCCACGCGUGACCGGCUGCGCUCACACCUAGCGUGCCAUGAAGACAAAGUUCCAUGCCAGGUGUGUGGGAAGUACUUGAGAGCAGCAUAUAUGGCAGAUCACUUGAAGAAGCAUAGUGAAGGACCAAGCAAUUUCUGCACUAUCUGUAACCGAGGUUUCUCCUCUGCCUCCUACUUAAAGGUCCAUGUUAAAACCCACCACGGUGUUCCCCUUCCCCAGGUCUCCAGGCACCAGGAGUCCAUCCCGAAUGGGGGAGCAGCGUUCCACUGCGUCAGGACCUAUGGCAUCAAAGGCCAGAAAUGUUCGCAUUCGGACCCGAUUGAGAGUUCUGAUUCAUAUGGAGACCUCUCUGACACCAGUGACCUCAAGACUCCUGAGAAACAGAGCACCAAUGGGUCCUUCUCGUGUGACCUGGCAGUGAGCAAAAACAAAAUGGAAACGGAAGGAGAUAAGAAGUACCCGUGCCCCGAGUGCGGCAGCUUUUUCCGGUCAAAGUCUUACCUGAACAAACACAUACAGAAAGUUCACGUCAGGGCCCUUGGUGGCCCACUGGGGGACCUUGGUCCUGCUCUGGGAUCCCCCUUUUCACCCCAACAGAACAUGUCUCUUCUGGAGUCAUUUGGGUUUCAGAUCGUCCAGUCAGCAUUUGCAUCAUCCCUAGUGGAUCCAGAGGUCGACCAGCAACCAAUGGGGCCAGAGGGGAAAUGAGAUCAGUUGGAUCUUAACAAAGCAAAGCAGCAGUCUGGCUAUAGUGAUAAGAUGCUGUGAAUGAAAGAGGAAAUAAUGAAAUUUGGUUCUAUAGCUGAGAAUUUUGUUAUUCAUUUUAGCUUCCCUCUUUGUCUCAUGCCCUACCCCACCUUUAAACCUUCACUGGGGAGAGGGAGAAAAUGCUUCUUAGCUGAUAAAUUACAGCAGAUGGUGGCCUUGAAUAGGAGACAUGACCCAAAACACUAAAUGGAGCUCUAAGAGGCUGCUGCUGGUGUUGCUUCGUGUUCUUCCAGAAUAAUCAAAAGUUGCCAGCGCUGGUCAGAGAAUGGGACAGUCCUAGUGACCGAGGCACCUGGGGAGCUACAGCUACAGGGAGCUCUGAUGAUGUUCUCUCUCUAUCCCCACCCUCCCUAACCUACCCCAGACAAACAGUAAGUUUUAAAAACAGACCCAUUAUUGACCCAUUAUUGAGUAUAACAUUGAGAAAAAUGCCCCAUUGUUCCUAGCAGGUUGUCCUUUAAACCAGAAAAAUUUUAAUAAGGUGAGAGAAUUUGAACCCCUUCUGCCUUUCGUGAGGCUGUGAGUGCUGCAGCAGGACUGAACUGCUGAGAAAAGUCACCUUUCAGAACAGGUUGGUUUUAUUACUUCUGACCAUUAAAUU